GGGUUGGUGUACCAGUUUACUGAGUUGGCUGCUGAGACGAUUGCAUUUAUAUCAGCUUUCCAGACGAUUGGUCGAGCUGGGGUUUUGGCUUUUGCUGCCGUUGCUGUGAACUUGAAAGUGAGCACAGCAUAGUCACUUCUUCCUAACAGAGGAAGAUGUUGCAUGAGAUCCACAUCCUCACCGUGGGAGAACACUAGGUCCGGAGCUGAGGAGGAGUGCCGUGAGUCAUAGCGCUUGGGCUUAAUGAUAUCUUGGACUAGGGCUAGCAAUAUACUGGAUCCCAGCAAUUUAUGAUCAAAGGAGUUGAGUGAAGAUGGAGUUGGUAGGCUCGUCCAGUCAAUUGUUGGGGCGUUGAAGUCGCCGACUACGAGCCUUUAACAUUUCGAAGUCCAGGAGCCUAGCUUCUAUAUUAAGAAGUCAUCUGCACUGCAGUCAGGACUGCAGUACACAGCAACGUGGUCAAUGUAUUGGCCUAUGCAUUUAAGUCUGUAGCGUGUAAGUUUGCAAGACCCACUUUCGUGAGCGAGUGCUUCGAUACUACGCACGGUUAAGCAUUUCUUGAGGUAGAUGACUACGCCACUUCCUUUGCGGUUUGGUCGGUCCACCCUAUGCACUUCGAAGUUUGGCAGGUUAACUUCGUUGUCAGUGACAUACGGUGUGACCCAUGUCUCUGUGAUAAUAAUUGCAUCCGGGUUUCCGGAGUCUAUCAUGUUAAUCAGCUCAGUCAUUUUAUUUAACAGGCUGCGGGCGUUUCUGUAGCAGACUGUUAAUUCAGAUUGGUGCUUCCCCGGACUACCCAUGGAGGUUUCCGGAUCAUUAAACUGCGAACUCGGACAACCUGAAAACCUUUAAUCUAAAGGUUCUGUCAAUGCAGUUGAAGAUUGAACGAUCAAUUCAUGGUUGUUUGCUCAAAACCAACUUCCCCAAUUUUCGCGGAGGCAUCAAUACGACAGUCAUCGUCUCAUCGGUCGCUGUUCAGAAAGAAGUCAGCAGUAAACCGUCAGAAGUAAUAUUGUGAUUUAUUAUUGUAAUAUUUGUUCACAGACCUUAGUGGAAACAUAUUUUAUAUGUUGGUGUAACAAUAAAGAAUCCUCGAGUCAACAAUUGGUGUUUUGGUUUUUUCGUCCGUUAUUACUAAGCGUUUCUGAGAAACUUGAAGGAACAGCGUGAGCCCGAGCGUAGCAAGAGCUGGGCAUUAACGGUUUACGAGGCGUGGCUGACAGUUUCUGACGGUAGAAACAGAUUCUGGCGGAUUCAGACGGUUGGUGAAAGUUUGGAUAGUCACCGUUCAUCUUUCCUGGUGCCGGUCAAGUCCUCUUUGAACAAGCAAUAUCUGGAACGUUUUUAGAAUUGGGUCAAGUUUAACAAUGCCUGGGUCGAAGAAGGGACAGAGCGUCUUGGAUCCAAACAGGAAAGUAAGUCAUGUUGACUUGUCUGUUAAUUGUAACGAUGUGUCUGAUGUUAAGCAUGACAUGGUUGAUGUUACUGUUUCGCCGUUCAGAGAUAAUAGGAACAUCAAACUCCCUAAAUUUGAACCACGGUGUUUUGGUGGAAACCCGGCUGAUUAUUUAAAGUUUGUAAAGGAGUUUGAGAUCAUGCUGAGUAGUUUUUUAUUAAGUGAUGAAUUGAAAUUGAUGUAUUUGAUGAGGUAUUGCACUGGAGAUGCUUCAAGAGCUAUACAGUGCUGUAAGUUUAUGAAGCCAAAAGGGGGCUACUACGAGGCUAUGAGCAUACCACGUCAAAGGUUUGGAAGACCUUCGAUGAUUGUAGGGAAAUUAUUCGAGGCUGUUGAGGGUAAUGGUGGUCAAUUACAGGAUGACUCCCAGGCACUCACUGAGUUUCUGGAUGAUUUGCUGAUUUACAAGAAUGCAUUGAUUUCUAUGAAUUGCAUGAGUGACCUCAACUCGAGCUCAGUCUUAGAGGUAAUCGCGAGACGCCUACCUACUCGGCUGCAAAGGAAGUGGGUAAAAAUAAGCUCUCGUAUAGAGGAUGAGGGUAUCGAACCAAGGUUUGAUGAUAUUCUGAGACUGGUGAAGGACAGUGUCAACCAGGCGAUGGGCAAAUUCGCCAGCAUUUUGCAUUCUAAGGUAGAACCUAAGGAGCCAGUGAAUAUAAGGAAGGCAUUUGUGGUGAAGUCUCAAGACACAACGAGAAAGGAUGAGUGUAUUGUCUGCCAUAACAUGCAUCAAUUGAGUGAUUGUAAUCGCUUUAUCGCUAUGUCACCCGUAGAAAGGUUAAAAAUGGCAAAGCAGAAGCGGCUGUGUUUCAGUUGUUUAAAGAGUGGGCAUACGAAGUGGAAUUGUAAGGCGACAAAUAAAAGAAGUAGUGGUUUAACGAAUAUGCACCCACUUCUGAGAACAGUGAACGAACCUGGGAAUUCGGUUAAUUGUAAUAGUAUCUCUAGACCCCUUGACAUCCCACAAGUUUUCUUAGGGGUAUUACCAGUUAAGGUGAAAGGACCGAAAUCUUCAGUAGAGACUUAUGCAUUGUUGGAUAAUGGUUCAGACGUUACAUUGAUAGAUGCUGAACUGGCUGGUUGCUCGGGUAUUAAAGGCCCAAAGCAACCCCUGAUUGUAAAUACUUUCAAUUCUGUGAAAACAGCAGUAUGUGAGCGAGUGUCAUUUCAGUUAGAAUCCUUGGCUAUUGGGGAGACCGUGGAAGUGGAUACUGCUUACCCUACCUCCAGUAUGAAACUUGGCGAAGCUAUAGUACCUAGUCGUGAAACGGUUGUCGGUAAGCCAUACCUGUGUGACAUACCUCUUCCAACACUGCAAGAUGGAAGAGUGAGAGUACUCAUUGGAUGUAGUGUGCCAGAAGCUCACAAGGUAUUAGAAGAGAGAUUCGGAGGUAGAGAUGAUCUGUUCGCGACGAAAACACCACUGGGAUGGACAGUGAGAGGACCUAUACCCAUAGUCCAUAUAUCAUCAUUAGUUGCAAACGAUGGGGACAAACUAGAAACUAUGAUUAAAAAUAUGUAUGACAAGGAGUUUUGCGACUGCGGUGUCCCUGAGACGGGUCGUUCUUCAAGCUUUAUUUUUUUCCCAGGCACUUAUAACCCAUCCACCAAAGACCUGGUUUUUUUGUUAAUGCGAAGACAGUACUUCUGUAUUUCCUGAUGUGUUGCACUCACUGAAAAUCUAGCGGAUUUUUCCAACUAUGCACAGAAAUGAUUGUACAUAAGUGAAAAGGAUGUUUUAUACUAUUCGGAUUAACAUUUAUCAAGUGUACGUAUAAUCUCCAGUGUACAUGUUAAACAUAUUUUGCUAUCGACUGUACGUCGGUGGCACAGUGGUUAGGACUCUCGCCGACCAUGCACAUGGUCCGAGGUUCGAGCCCACGCCGGCGCACACCUGAUAUCUAUGGUCGGCCUGCAAAAUUUGGGCUACCGAUAUCCAUGCUGAAAAUUCCAUACUAGUACCAAAAAUACAGUGUGGAGUCAAGCUGUAAAUC